AUGAUCCACCGCGAAGUAGCCGAUGGUCUAGAGCGUCUUUGGAACGUAAGAGUAAACUGCAUAUGGGAAGCCGAUGAAAGUAGUCGCCAUGGAGAGGUUUAUAUAUUCGACCAUGUAUUUAAGCAGGAAUGUACAAAUUCAGAUGUAUAUGGAUCUGUAGUAAAACCUUUAGUCGAUUCCUUCAUGGAAGGUUUCAAUGCCACAAUAUUUGCAUAUGGCCAAACAUCUUCUGGCAAAACACACACCAUUUUGGGCAAUAAAACAGAUCCUGGGCUUUUCCAAUUAGUAUCCAAUCAGUUAUUCCAGCAUGUGGCAGACCAGGUUGAUAAGAGGUACUUGAUUAGAUGCAGUUAUAUUGAAAUCUACAAUGAAAAGAUCAAUGACCUCCUGGAUAAGAGCAAUCAGGGUUUAACUAUAAGAGAAGAUAUCAAAGGAAAUGUGCUGCUUGAUGCAAGGGAAGCUGUCGUAGACAAUGUUGAUAAAGUUAUGGAGAACAUGAUGCAGGGCAAUAAGAUCAGACGAGUUGCAGCUACUCGCAUGAAUGAGAGGUCAUCUCGAUCACACACGAUUUUCCGGAUUAUUCUGGAGUCGAAAGAUGCCAAUCAGAAAGAUGGACCUGUACAUAUAAGCUACCUUAACUUAAUGGACUUAGCUGGUUCUGAGAGAGUUUCUCUGACGAAAGCUGCUGGUGAGCGUCUUAAAGAGGGGGCUAACAUAAACAAAUCUUUGUCAGUAUUAGGAAAUGUGAUAAGGCAACUAAGCGAGGGGAAGGAGUUUAUCAGUUAUCGCGAUUCGAAAUUGACUAGACUGCUCUCACAGGCUCUUGGCGGUAAUGCCAAAUCAUUGAUUAUCGGGAAUGUUACUUUAGCUGCAGAGGAGGAGACUAGAUCUACACCAGAAUUCGCCCAAAGCACUAAAACUGUCAAAAAUAAAACGAAAGUAAACAUCUUGUCAGCUACAGAAGAGACACUUCAAGGAUAUCAGAACUUGACUCGCGAUCUCGAAACUCGGCUCAAAAAGCAGGCAAUUAAGCUAAAGAGAUGGAUAAAAGCAAACAAGAGUAUCUGCUCGAGAUAG